AUGGCCAGAAAGAAGGCGUACGCCCGAGCCGCCUCGGCCGAAGCUCCCAGAUACGCGCCCGGACCCAGUGUCACCUUCCCGGCCAGGACAUAUGAACAGGCCGAGCACGACGAUGCGCUCGUGAUAUCAGCCAGAAUCGCCAAUGCGCAAGUAAAAAGGAUCAUGGUCGAUACUGGAAGCUCGGCCGACAUACUAUAUUUUGACGCCUUCCAGAAGCUCGGCCUGUCCAGGGAUAACAUGAAGCCAGUAUCCUCGGCGCUCACCGGCUUCACCAGCGAUUCAAUCUCACCACUGGGGGCGAUCACUCUGCCCCUCACCUUGGGAGCCCUGCCGAGGUCAAAGAUGACAAUGACCACCUUCUUGGUAAUCGACCUCCCCGCCGCCUACAACGCCAUCCUCGGUCGGCCGACCCUCAAUAAAAUCAGAGCUGUCAUCUUGACCUACUACCAAACCGUGAAGUUCCCAACCCACGCCGGGAUCGGAGAGAUCGCAGGAAGCCCUCGAGAAUCUCGGCGCUGCUACCUGACUGUCGUCUCGUUGCCCAAAAAGGUGAGGAUCGAACAACCGUUAGCAGACCCUCGGGAAACGCAGAAGCCGACCCCCCACCUGGAGCCGAAAGGGACCACAGUCGCGGUGCCACUCCUAGAAGAUCGACCAGAAUGGACGAUUAAGAUCGGGUCAGAGCUGCCCGAGCAAGAACGGGGACAACUUGUCGGCCUCCUACAAAAGAACGCUGACAUCUUCGCUUGGUCGCCUUCCGACAUGGCAGGCGUCGACCCGGAAGUCGCCUUACAUCACCUCAUCCUCGUCAAGAAGGCUAAUGGAAGUUGGAGGAUGUGCGUUGAUUACACCAGUCUUAACAGUGCAUGCCCAAAGGACUGCUACCCUCUGCCUAGGGUUGACCAGCUGGUCGACGCCACGGCAGGUCACGCCCGCCUCUCAUUUAUGGACGCCUUCUCGGGUUAUAACCAGAUCAGAAUGGCGCCCGAAGAUCAAGAGUACACAGCCUUUAUCACCGAUCAGGGGGUUUACUUUUACAAAGUCAUGCCCUUCGGAUUGAAAAAUGCCGGGGCAACAUAUCAGAGGACGGUGAACAAGAUGUUCGCCCACCAGAUUGGGCGAAACAUGGAGGUGUACGUCGACGACAUGAUCGUAAAAAGCCAAGAGGCCGGGGCUCACCUCGCUGACCUGACCGAAGCAUUUGCUACGCUCUGCAGGUUCGGCAUGCGACUCAACCCCGCAAAAUGCGCCUUCGGCGUCACGUCGGGAAAGUUCCUCGGAUUCAUUGUACAUGAAAGAGGAAUUGACGCCAACCCAGAGAAGGUCCAGGCGAUCAUCAAUAUGCAAUCACCUCGGACGAUCAAAGACCUGCAGCGCCUCAACGGAAAACUCGUCGCCAUAUCCCGCUUCCUCGCCCGAUCAGGUGAUCGCUGCUUCCCCUUUUUCAGGGCGCUGAAGAACCCGAAAGUAAGUUCCGUCCUGGUUAAAGAAAGCUUCGGCGACCAGCUCCCGGUCUAUUAUGUCAGCCAUGUCCUCAAUGGUCCCGAGGAACGAUACCCACCGAUCGAGAAGCUAGCCCUCGCGCUCGUGCUGUCCGCCCGGAAGCUACGCCCUUAUUUCCAGGCUCACCCGGUGGAAGUAAUUACGGACCAGCCGCUCCGACAGGCCUUGUCUAAGUUUGAUGUUGCAAGAUGGCUUCUCAAAUGGGCGAUAGAGCUCAACGAGCACGACAUUCGAUACGUGCCCAGGACAACUAUUAAAGCCCAGUCUGUGGCCGACUUCAUCGCAGAGUUAACUCAGAUCGAGAACGAGAGCCUCAGCCAACCUCCUGAGGCCUGGAUCUUGCACGUCGACGGAUCAGCCAACUCAAAAGGUGCUGGCGCGGGAUUGGUACUCCGAGCUCCCGACAGGCGGUCGUUCGAGCGUUCCCUUCGCUUCGGGUUCCGCGCCACUAACAACGAGGCGAAAUACGAGGCGCUUCUAGCAGGACUCAGAUUGGCUCUCGAGAUGCAGGUGGUCGCCCUCCACGUCCACACCGACUCCCAGCUGGUGGCCGAGCAACUCAGCGGGGGAUACGAGGCCCGCGACUCGACUAUGACGAAAUACCUGGCACAGGUAAAAAGCCUGACCGCAAAGUUCCUUCAUUUCACAUUAUCUAAUGUCCCCAGGGGGGAGAACGAGCGCGCCGACGCACUAGCUAAGCUGGCCUCAAAGCCUGCCCCCGAAGUCGGGCCCGAGGUCGAGGAGUUACCCGCUCGCACUGUCGAAAUCGCGGCCACAGCUAUGAGUAGCGCGUCCACCACCUGGAUACAAGAACUGCUACGCUUCAAACGGGACGAAAUUCUCCCGCCCGACGAAGCAUCAGCUCGGCGCCUACGCCACACACAUGCGUGGUAUACCGAGGUGGGCGAACGGCUCUACAAGCGGUCUUUUUCGUACCCCCUCCUACGAUGCUUAGAGCCCGACGAAGCUCAGACCGUCCUGGCAGAGAUACAUGAAGGAGUCUGCAGAGAACACAUCGGCGGGCGGACCCUAGCACAUAAAAUACUUCGCCAAGGCUACUACUGGCCGACCAUGUGCUGA